UGCAGGUGAGCUCUGUUCUGCGCACGACACGACGCGUGAACAAAUUUUGGCUACUGAUUGAUUGACUGAUCUCGUCAGAUGAUGAACGGCAAGAUGUGGCGGGAAUCCCCUUCAGAUUUCGGAGGUCGGCAAGGAGAAUCCAUGAGCCUCGUGCUGCACUUCCAGCUCGGGUACGGGCUGCCAUCGCCCUCCGCCUCCUCCCCAUCAGGCGCGGGCUUCUACCGCGGCGGUGGGGUGUUCGGCGCAACCUCGCCGUCGCCGUCGUCCGCUACGGCGCCGCCUCAGUACCACUUCAACGGCCUACGGAUCCUGCUCGCGGACAGCGACGACACCAGCCGGGAGGUGACGCGGAAGCUCCUGGAGCGGCUCGGCUGCCAGGUGCUGCCGGUGCCGUCGGCCGCGCGCUGCCUCAGCCUCCUUCUGGGGAGCGACGGCGCCGCCGCCGCCGAUCAGCCACCUCUUCAGUUCUCAUACCUGCAGCUCCAGGUGGUGCUACUUGACCUCCACACGCCUGCCGCUGCUGGCGCCGACGCCGGCGGUGCGACGACGGACGAUGGGUUUGAUGUGGCCCUCACGAUCCGGGAGCUCACCAGCGACAGCUUCAGCUGGCUGAUCAUCCUCGUCGCCCUGCCGCUGCCGCCGAGGGCGAGCUGCAUCGACGUCCGCGACGCGUGCCAGCGCACGGGGGUCAACGGCGUCAUCCCCAAGCCCAUCACGCUGCCGGCGCUGGGAGCUCAGCUCUACAGGGCCCUCCACAACGACAACUAACCGUCCAGCUGUCAGGGCUCGAAUGCUUGAAGUUUUUUUUUUGUUGAUGAUAAAUGAAGUGCUUGGGGUUUGUAGGUUCUUGCGAGCUUGUUUUCCUUCCUUGGCUAGUUGGCUUGUUGCCCGCCACCUCCUCUCCAUCCCUCCCACCCACGCACCAGCAGCGCCUCCACCAUCGACUAGUCUCCG